UGUAUAUAUAUAUAUGUGGGACCGAGGAACCACGAGGCUGACGAGUCAGUCUCGGGCGAUUUCGUGUGACGACGCGGGGAUAAGGGGGGUAAUUUUCGGCAAUGAUUUCAGUAUCACCUGAGACGGCACCUAGCCAUAUAUGUAGCAUACCGAUUGUACCAAUUAAAUACAGCCUAUUGCAUAUUACACCGAUGUUUCACCCCUGCGCGGUCCACUAAUCCCCCAAAUUUGGGGGCUCAACCGGGAUCUGCAGUGACUCGCGAGGUGAAAAGCUGGGUUGGUGAAAUCGGAAUAAGACGUGAGGUGAAGCGGUGGGUGCGAUCGAGACGUGAAUUGGGUGAAAAGAUUGCUUUGAGAAGACAGUUGGACGGUUAGACUAUUCAUAUGUUAGACGAUGAGAUGUGCAGUUAGGCAAUGAGAUGUGCAUUUAGACGAUGAGACGAAUAAGUGAUUGAAGGUGAAUGAAAAACGCCGGAAAUCUAUGGACGAAAAACGGAGUGAGUGAGACGAUAAAAUUUGAAAUAUUAGACGUUAAGACGAUUCGGUCUGUGUGUGUGUUACGGUGAACCUACGGGCAAGCGGCCAUCAUAACCCGCGGUGUUGAUAGAGAACGGGAACAAUACAGUGAGUGAGGCAGUAUCCAAAACAACGAGGACAGUUGGUAUACAAACAGGGCGAACCGAAGUGUAUCUACCUGUCAAGAAAUGCCGCUGCCGCGAUCGGAUGAGGAGUCAGAGCGGGAUAGGCGCGCGAAUCAAAGGGCGGUGGAACAGCUCAGCCGUGACCUGGAAGCUGCACAUGUAGAAAUUGAGACCUUACGACAGCUGCAGCAGCGUUCUUCCCCAAACAGGCUAACCGAGACUCUGAGGGCAGAGCUGGAGGAAGCACGCGCGGAAAUUGCCGAGCUGAAACGUCAGCGAGACAUUACCAGCGAGCCCGCACCAGAUGAACAGCUGAGACGUGAGGUUGAGGAGGUCCGAAGACAAUUGGCAACAUUUGGAGUCGGGCGAGCUACCGCCGCGAACGACAUGGCCAGCGAGGGGCCAGGAGGCCGCGGAACGGGACGACGAGAACCGGGAGCGAUACAAUUUAGAGACGUGGAGGGAACGAUUCCUAAGUUCUCUGGGGAUGACAGAGCGUUUCCAGUGGAGAAGUGGAUAGGGCUGCUGGAAGAGAACAGUCGUUUAUUUAAUUGGACGCCACUGCAAACCUUGGUUUUUGCCAAAAAAGCUUUGGAGGGCACAGCAAGAUUGUGGCUUGACGGGCAGACCACAUUUGCAGCGUGGCAUGAGAUGAAGAGAGAGCUGAUGGACGAAUUUAAAACGAAAACGGACAGUAAGGAGAUCCACGAGAUGCUAGCGAACCGCAAGAAGAAAGACGACGAAACCUACCAGGAGUAUAUCUUGCAAAUGAGAAGGCUAGCCAACCGGGUGGAACUAGACCAAGCUGUAGUGAUACAAUACAUAGUCGAUGGCAUACGCGACUACGAGUCGAACAAAGUGAUCCUGUACGGGGCGACCAACUUUACGGAGCUGAGAGAGAGGAUGCGGCAUUACGAAGCAAUAAGGGGUAAGCUUUCGGUCAAUAAGCAAUCAACUAAGAAAGCUUUUGGUAAAUCCCCAGGUGGAAGCGAGACCAGCUGCAGCGUCAAGAGUACGCCAGCGCAAUCGACGCUAUGUUAUAACUGCGGCAUGAGAGGCCACCUGAGUAAGGACUGCAGACACCAAGAGAAGGGCCCAAAAUGCUUCAGAUGCCGUAAGUUCGGGCAUAUUGCACCAGCUUGCCCUCAGAUUGUAGCCAGUCCAACGGACACUCAGGAAAGAAACCCACCAGCAACGCUUCACAUAGGGGCAGCCGGCCUUGACGCCUGCAUCAAGAAGGUCGAGAUCAACGGAGUCGGCGUAGAAUGCCUGUUGGAUAGUGGAAGCACCUACAACAUACUGAGGGAAGAUCUCCGCGACGAGCUUGGCCUCCAUGGGUUGGACAGCGUAGAAGAGGAACUGACUGCCGCAAGCGGAGGGAAAAUCCGCACGAAAGGACGAUUGAAAGUGAUGACGGUAAUUGACGGGGUAUGCUACCCGUUGACUUACAGGGUAGUGUCAGGAGACACUAUUCCCACAAAAGCGCUACUAGGCGCAGACUUGUUGAACCACGCCGUGGUCCAGCUGAGCAAGCACGACGCGAAAGUCUGGCCAGCGCUGAUUGGCGGGAUAAGGUCAAAAAACUCGUCGACGAAUACCAACCGACGGGAGAAGAAGAGGUACCGGUACAGGUAUCAAUUGUACUGAAGGACGAGACGCCAAUAGCAUGCCGACCAAGACGCCUGGCACCGAGGGAGAAGAGAGAAGUCGACGCCCAAAUAGAUGAGUGGUUGAGAGGAGGAAUCAUACGCCACAGCAUCUCCGAAUUCGCUAGCGCUGUGGUUGUGGUCCGCAAGAAGGAUGGGACGCCACGGAUUUGUAUCGAUUACCGUCCAUUGAACAAAGUAGUGGUGAGAGAACAUUUUCCAUUACCAUUAA